AUGCGGGAGCCACGUCAAGAAUUCCGCCUUUUUCUUGCGACCCCGAACGAAUCCAAUGUUCGUGGGCGUCCCGACCGCGGGUCCCCUUGGAUCGGCGUCCCCUCCCGACUUGAAGCAAGUUCAAACAUGUUCGUCAAGAAGGAACAUAAUGAGCCCUUCUCUGUGUCAAUCAUGCACAAAGAUGAGGAAUACGACUGGAUUGAGAAUGUCGUCAAAGUAUUUCUCCGGGCCGACCGCGGGAUGACCUCUGUUGGAUACUAUCACUCCUACUUUGACCUCCACGGAGAGACGUCAGAAGACGUCGUUGUCAUCUCACAAGACGGAACGAGGCGGGUCUGGGAAGCUAAGAAAGGUCAAGUCAACGCCUUCGACUUCCGGAUGAUCCAAGUACAUUUGACUCCCAAGCCUGUGCAGAACGAUAUAGUGAUAUACAAGAAAGGCAUUAUUGAAUACCUCGCCGUGAUGAUGCACCCGAGCACUUCACCGCACGAACAUCAGCUGGCCAGUGAUUCGAUAGACAUUCUAUUACCCUUGUUUCGCUCGCAUACCGCUCAGUUAGCGCUGUUGUAG